UUGGUCUCACGUAACCAGCUUUAUUAAAUGUUCACGUCAACAUAUUAUCAUAACCGGCUUUAAUAUUUUUCCUAAUAUCAUGACCAGCCUUAAUAAUACAACAAAAACUUACCAAUAAAGAGAAAUAUUGCUAAUAACAAUUAAAGGAAAAUACUUCCUUAAUUUUAUCCCAUAAAUUGCUUAUUAAACAAGGACUGAUUUAGUGUUAAUUUAUUGUCCUAUUCCUUUUUUGAUUUGAACAGGUUACUAAAAAACAUAAAAUUAAAUAAACCAAGGGGUUUGGGCCGUUUGGCUAAUAGAUUGUGAGAAAGCAAUAAGUGUUCUUCCAUGAGAUUAUAUGUUUCAUUCCUACGAAAGUCAAAUAUUUUAAAUCUUGAGACCACUAAAGAUUAUGCCUGAUUGUUAUCUAUAGAGCUCCAAAAUUAGUUGAGAUGUGCGCAAAUUGGUUCGGAUAUCCGAUUAUCCUAAGAAGAAAAAAAAGGUUACUUAAAAUUGUGCACCAAAAUUUUUUGACUCGAAAAACAAAAAGAAAAGGAAAGUGCACAAAAUUUCCCCACCGCACAAUUGGUAAAUUCAAGACAAACAUACAUAAGCUGUACACAAUUUUUAGAAACCGGACACGAAGGUGGAGAUUCUGAACAUGGCACCUUCCUCCUCCUCUCUCUCCUCUACCUCUUCUUCCUCCAAAUCCUCUCUCUCUCCUCCCCCCCUCCUUCCUCACCACCCUCCCCACUUCACUCCCAUACAGGAAUGCGAAAGAGAAGAGAACGAUGACGACGACCGCGACGAAGAAGAAGAAGAAAUCGAACGACAUACCAAGAGAGAGGUUGAAACCGAAUCGAAGCACCACCCCACGCCGCUCCACCACCACCACUCCGAAAACCGAACCAAACAAACGGCGAGACGACGGCCGGAAUCCGACGCGGGAGUCUCCUGCAACGAGUGCCUGCCGAGCAACCGCGACAAGUUCUCCGUGGUCCCCCUAGACAACAACGGCGUCAGCCCCAACGGCAGGUUCAAAUCCAUCCUGUUCUCCCUGACCAAGAAGAGCCCCAGGACGACGACGUCGUCGGCGUCGUCCGACGCGGCUUCGCCCGCGGUCGAGCACUGGAAGAUUGCUCUGGCGGAGCUCUCGCACAAGCUGAUCCACGCGACCAAGAAGCGAGACGACGCCGUCCUGGAAGCUUCCAGGCUCAAGCACUCCGUGGCCGAACUCGAGAAGAAACUCGACAAGCUCGAAGCCUACUGCCACGACUUAAAAUCUGGGCUCGAAGUUUGCUCGAAUCACAUCCAGCCCCCCCGUCUUUCAACCAACUCUCACCCCAGUCCCAACAACAAAUUGAUCGAGCACUUCUUAGUCUGCGUCGCGGAAUCUCGAUCGUCCGUCCGUCUCCUGAGCCGUUCGUUAACUCUCCAGUUGCGCCACGCGGGCCCCAAGAUCCACGACCGGCUCUCUCUCCUCCUCCAGCCCUACGAAAUCAAGCUCUCUCUCUCCAAAAACCCCAGGGCCAUCACCUUCUACCUCGAGGCCCUGCUGAACAGGGCCUUCUUCGACGACUUCGAGUCGAUCGGGUUCUGCAAGUCCGCGGUGGCUCAAAUCCUCAACCCGGUAGCCCGAUCCGAGUCGAACUUCGCGUCGUUCUGCCGGCUGCGCGGGCUGACGUGGGAGGAGGUGCUGAGCAAGGGGACGAGGCACUUCAGCGAGGAGUUCAGCCGGUUCUGCGACCGGAAGAUGAGCGAGGUCGUGGCGAUGCUGGGGUGGAACCGGGCGUGGCCGGAGCCGCUCUUGCAGGCGUUCUUCGGCGCGUCGAAGGGCGUGUGGUCGGUUCAUCUGCUGGCUAAUUCGGUGCACCCGGGCCUGCCCGUGUUCAGGGUGGACAAGGGGGUCGGGUUCGACCCGGUUUACAUGGAGGAUAUGGGCGGGGAUAGGGCGAGGGGGUUGGUUCCGGGUGCGGUUCGGAUCAUGGUCACGCCUGGGUUUUUUGUCUAUGGGAGUGUGGUCAAGUGCAAGGUGCUUUGCAGGUAUCAGAAUAACAAUGGAAAUAUCAAUGGUGGUGGUGAAAAGGAAGUUUAAACCAAGAGAAAUUUUUGAGUACCGGUUGGGAACUAUGUGACCGUGCCCAAGCUGCCCAUCCGAACAGUUUAAAAGUGUGUUGGGCCGUUUGAAUGCGCCGAGCGGACACCAGCUAGUACCCACCCUGCACUGAAAAAUUUCUCUUAAACCAAUGAUUAGCUUUGUGGAGAAAAGGCUAUUAUGUGGUGGUGAUUAGUGGGUUGAAUUUUUUUUAGUUUUGUGAUGUCUAUAAUGUGGUUUUAGUGGUGAUAUUUGUUGGUCGGUUGGGUAUGUUUUUUGGAUAAUGGGAUUCUUGAAUUUUGGGAGAAAGUCAAAAGGCUUUGGCAUUUUGCAGUUUAAAAUUUUGUUUUGUCUAUCCUAGAUGGAUCUUGCUUUAUUGGAUAAUGCCAUUUAGCAACCUUUUUACUCCA